UGUUAUCAGAAGCUGAAUAAUGGUUCAUGGAUGGCAACUUUGCAUUAUCGCCGACGGAAUUCCAACAACUAUAUGUAAUACGGAUUCAAGUAAAAACAAUAUUUAUUACACCUGUAUUUUUCUUAUUAAAAAGAAAAACCCAGUCUAGUUACGAACAAUUAAUUAAAAUUUUAUUAGAAAAAUGCAAUGAGAGGGAAAUUUAUCUUGAUCCUCUUAUAGUACAUGUGGAUUUCGAAAAGGCUGUGAUUGAAGCAUUAAAAAAUACAAUUGGAAACCAUAUUUGUAUUAAAGGGUGCUUUUAUCACCUUACUCAAAGCACAUAUAGAAAAAUACAGAAUCUUGGACUUGAAAAUAUGUAUAGAAAUAAUAAUGAUUUUAGUAUAUUUUGUAGAAAACUCGAUAGUUUAGCAUUUUUACCAGAAAACAAAGUUUUAGAGGGAAUGGAUUUUUUAAGAACAAUUAUGCCACCGGAGGCAACAGAUUUAGUCGAUUAUUUUGAUACCACGUAUGUCCAUGGGUCUUACAGAAGUGUUCAGCAUAAUCCGAAUAAUGGUAUCAGACUUCGAAAUAUUGCACCACUCUAUCCACCAUCAAUAUGGAAUGUCUAUCAAACUACCCUUGAUAAUGGACAUCGAACUAACAACGAAACAGAAGGGUGGAACCAUCGUUUUUCAAAAUUAGUAGGCCACAAUCAUCCUUCUAUUUGGUCAUUAAUUAAGAAAAUGAGAUUAGAGUUGUCUUCAGAUGAAACAAAGUUAGCCCAAUUCGUAAUAGGCAAUUUAAGUAAAAAAAAAAAAAUUUAUGAAAAAAUGCAAGAAAAAUUGUAUAAAAUAUGUAGUGAUGGCUUAACACAGCGGACAAUCGACGAAUAUUUAACAGCUAUUGCUUACACAAUACGAUUAUUUUAAUUAUUUAUUAUUUUAUAUUAUUAUAUUAUGAAAAUUCAUAUGAUACUUGAUUUAAAAUUCGUCUUUUUUAUCCAUGUCUUUUUUAUCGGUGGCU